AUGAAAGUGAGAGACAACAUGAAGUGUCAUCUUUUGUUGGCCAUCAUUGGAACCUUUGCCGUUAUAGUUGGAGCACAGACACAAGAAGGAUUCAUCAGUUUGGAUUGUGGAUUACCUGAUGAUGAAUCUCCUUACAACGAUGCAUUCAAUGGAUUGACAUUCACAUCGGAUUCCAGAUUCAUCCAAACAGGGAAAAGUAGUAGAGUUCAUAAAGAUCUCAACAAAAUAUUAGGAAAACAAUAUUUGACUCUGAGAUACUUUCCUGAAGGAAAGCGCAACUGUUAUAGUAUUGAUGUCAAGAGUGGUACAAAUUAUCUCAUCGCAGUUAGCUCCGUUUAUGGGAAUUAUGAUGGUCUUAAUCUUGAUCCAAACUUCGAUAUCUAUAUUGGUCCCAAUAAGUGGUUAAAUAUGGAUUUGGAAGGAAGACAAAAUGGUACAAAAGAGGAGAUCUUACACAAAGCUAGGUCAAACUCUUUGGAUAUUUGUCUUGUUAAAACAGGAACAACGUUGCCUCUAGUUUCAGCCAUAGAAAUACGACCACUGAGAGAUAAUACAUAUGUUGCACAAUCUGGUUCACUGAAGUUGUCUUUCCGGGGGUAUCUUAACAAUUCCGAUGGAUUUAUAAGGUAUGUCAACUCCAUUUGA